AUGUAAAUUGAAUAAUUAGAAGAAGAAGAUCAUUCAAUAUAAGCAUUAAGAGCUAAAUACAAAGCUAUGAUAUCAGUUUAGAUAUUAGAUGUUAUUAUUAGAUGUGUAAUUGGAAGUAUGUGGGCUUUAAUAACAUAUUCUUCUAUAUUGGGAUUUUUCAAAUUAUUUAGAAUUGUAUAUAAUCAAUACAAAUAUGAUUAUUAUAAGGAUAAAUGGCUUAAAGAGGUAUCAUUAUAUGAAGAUGAAGAAUGCAUUAAUUAAACAAAUGAGAAAUAUAAAAAAAUAAUAGUCUUAUAUCAUGAUCGUUUAGAAAAAUAUGAUAGGAAAUUACAAUAAGGAUUAUAUAGAUAUUCAUUUUUAAUUCUGAUUGUAUUUGGAUUGAAUAUAGCUUGGUGGUACUUUGAUUAUAUGAGAUCAUGCAUGUUUUAUGGAUUUGUUGUAUUUGUAAUUUAUCAAAUAUAUUGCUUAUUGGAUAAAAAAUAUAUACAACCAUAUUUAGAAAGAUUAGAAUAUGAGAAGGAAAAAAAAAGAUUGGAUGCAGAAAUUGCAAAAAAUAAGAAACAUAACUGA